UUUAUUAUAAAUUGGUGCUGUGCAAUUUUUUUCAAUUACAUUUCAUAAUUUCGUAGUUAUAAAUAUUCUUGGCGUAUUUUUUUACUAACAAAUUUUAAAUAUGGCUAAAAUGUUGAAACUAAUAUGGCAGUGUUUGUACUCGCCACGGCUGUUCAAAAUUUAUGGAGAUGGAGAAAAAGAUAAGUUGUACCAACCAAAACAACUAGAAAAAAUUGGGGACAAAAUAAUUUCCACGGCACAAAGCAUAUUCACCGUUGCUGGUUACACAUCACCAUUUAUGUGUACAUACAUAUACAGAAGAGGUUUCUUUUCUUGGGAUGAAACAGUUUUCUUAAGUAAAUUCUUUUCUGGAAUUGGAUGUCUUAUCGCGAUUUCGUUGUUUAUGAGAGCUGUUGGCCGUGCAUUUAAUUCUCAAUAUAGAGACUUUCUAUACGCGAUCACUAGCCCAAAGACAGAUGAUAAAUCAUACAUGACUUCAAUUCGCAAAUAUGAUUUUGAAUUCUCUGCCUGGCCUGUUUCAUUCGCAAUGCCGGCAAAAGCAAGCUCCUCAUGGUUUGAAAACAUUCCUUUCAAUAAGUGCUCAAAUAUAAAUUUGCCAAUUUACCAAAGAAUACCAUUGCAAGUAAUUGCAUUUAUAGCAGUUCAUACUUUUGCUUUGCGUCUGAUUUAUCCCGGAACUCUAGGGCUCAUCCAAAAUUUACUUUGGAUGCCUUUGAUGGAAGGACGGACUCAACUAGUUGAAACAUACAAUGGGAAGCGCGCGAAAAUUAUAACGUCAGAUGCUAAUUGUAUUGACACUAUCUUUGUUGAAAAUCGCCAUCAUACAAAUGGAAAAAUUCUGGUGAUAUGUUGUGAAGGAAACUCUGGAUUUUACGAGAUAGGAAUAAUUACUACCCCAUUUAAAGCUGGCUAUUCCGCUUUAGGUUGGAAUCACCCUGGAUUUGCUGGGAGCACUGGUAUGCCGUUUCCAAAACAGGAACAAAAUUCGAUUGACGCCGUUGUGCAGUACGCGAUAAACGAACUCAAGUUUCCCAUCGAAAAUAUUGUUAUCUAUGGGUGGAGUAUCGGUGGAUAUACAGCGUCUUGGGCAGCACUAAACUAUCCAGAAAUUAAUUCACUGAUUCUGGAUGCAACUUUUGAUGAUUUACUACCACUUGCUCAAAACCAAAUGCCGAAAUCUUGGGCUUCGCUCGUUAAAGAAGUGGUACGGUCUUAUGUGGACUUAAAUGUCGGGGAGUUUUUGACUCAAUACAAGGGACCCGUGCAAAUUAUUCGAAGAACUGAAGACGAAGUGAUUUGCUUGAGACAAGGUCAGCUCGGCACCAACUGUGGGAACAAUCUUCUGAUUAAACUGCUAAUAUCUCGUUAUCCGCCAUGGUUCAGUGAGGAUAACUCUUUGAGAGAGGCGAUAGAUCGAUACGUUGUAAUGACGGAGGCACAGCGGGCCACUAUUGACCAACAAGAGUUAUCGGAGACCAACCGACGUGCCCUGCAAUUGAUUGUCAAGUACAUGCGCGAUUUUCAAUCGACACAUUGCGCUCCCCUCCCGGAGGCCCAGUUCGCUGAUAUUAUGAAAACUAUACAUUUAAAAAACUAGCUCAUAAUUCACAUUUCUAAAAGUCACAGUAUUUCUGUCAGCUUUUACAACAUCGGAAAGUUGAAGAGAGACAAUAAUAAUCUUGAUGGAAAUCAGUGAAGUGUUUAGUGUGACAAAAAUGUGACUAGAAAUGUUGAAUGUGUGAUAUGGACUUCUCAUAAUAUCAAUCUAAACGCUCGUCUUGAAUGACAAUUAUACCUACAUAAUUAUUAAUUAAAAGGGUUAUAUGGAAUAGGUGCAAGGUGUGUGACUCGGUACAUACGAAAUUACGUACCUAUAGUGAAUAUUUGUAUGUAAGUAGGUAAUUUCACAUUAGUAUAUAAUGUAAUACAUAUUAUUUAAUAACUAUGUACCAAGCUUAUUAAUGAAGCACCAAUUAAUGCGAAUUCUAUUUUCCUACUGUGUAGAUAUUAAAAUUUAUUAUCGUAUUAUGCAAAGCGAGUAGUAAAUAUGUUAAGAGGGGGUAUAAAGCAAAAUUACCGAUCUUCUAUUAGAUAAUACGUGUAAUAUUCAAUACCAAAUCUAAAAAAUAAAAUAGUAUAUAGCAAACUAGAUUAUAUUUUCGAGGAUUCUUUACCAAAAAUCUCGCAAAUAUUUUAAUAUAAUUGUAUAGGAAAAAAAAAUCAUAAUAGGUAUUACCAUGUCAAUGAGAAAACGUAAAAGUGUGAAAAUUACUUCGUAAUUUUUUUUUUAUUAAGUCAAUUAUAAUAUUUUAUGGGUUUGAUCAAACAGAAUCAUUGAAAAUAUCAUCUAAAUAUAUAAAUAAUAUCUUGAUAUAUUAUAUAUUUUUAGAUAAUAAUAAAUAAAAAAUAGUUUAUUUUCUCACAUCAGAUAUGUAAAAUAAGUUGACACAUUUUCAGUACAUAUAAAUAAGAUUGAGGCUGGUGCCAAAACUAGGUAAUAAAAAUUACCUGUAUCAUCAGGCCCCCCUCCCACUCCUCACUUCGUUGGAUCACAUUUUGAAUAUAUAAUAUUUUGUUGAGAGAAAAGAAAACACUAGAAAUAAGAAAAACUACAAAGAAUAUAGUAUUAUUAUACCACAGUUGUAACCACCAGGCCAGAGAGCAAGGGUUUUGUAUAUUUUAAGAAUUAUAUUAUACGGAUCGUCAAAUAUGUCGACAUAAGUGUAGACAUUUUGCGGUCUCAGUCUCAAAAUAUAUAAUUAUCAAUAAGAUUUGGUCUUGAAUAUUACACGUUUCAUCUAAUUUAAGAUUGGUAAUUUUGCUUUAUUCACACCCUUAAGUAAUAUUUUAAAAUAUAUUUAAAUUAUAAAUAUAUUCAACUGCCUUUAUAUGUACAUUUUGCUCAUCAUAUUUGACACAAGUAUAUUUUUAUCAGGUAAUUUUUGACGGUAGAUCAAUGUUUCAUUCAAUAUAUAUACGUAAAAUGUUUAGUCAUAUAUACUGUGUAAACUAUUUACCUAAUUUCCCAAAGUAACUGUAUAUAGGUGUAAUAGCCUUUUAUUAGCAUUUAAUAUUAAUUAAUAUUAUGAUAUCAUAAUCCCUGUUGGUUGAUAUUGGUGAGAUAUCUGAACUAUGGAAAUAAACAUUUAUACAUACAAA